UUGAACAAAGCUGGUCACUGAUUGGAGCAGGGAGGGUGGAGAGAGGUAUAGCGCUGAAGUCUGAAAUACAGAGCUGGCUGGACACUCCUGAGUGUGGAAUCAUGGGAGGCGGUUGUGUAAGGUGGGGCACAUCGCUCUGCCUGUGCUUGCUAUUGGCCCACUGCACGUCUGUCUGCUAUGCCUUCCUGCCUGACUUCUGGUCUCGAGUGCUGACACUGUCCUGGAACUCCUAUACACACCAGUACAUGACCGAGCAGGCUCUGCUUAAUGUAACCAUGGAGACACUGAGGAUGGUGCCUGGACAGGACUUUGGCAGUCCGGCACAGGCAGGCCUGGGCCGGGGGUUCUGGCGGUCUGUGGCUGACGUGGUCAGAGCCAACGCCGACGUGGACUUCGGGAGCACUACGCGUGCUGACCCAGCGUACCACUUUGACUCGGAGAGAGUGGACGAAUCCACGCAGGUGCUGCGCGAAUUCUGGAAGCAGACGCUUCUCCUGGCCCAGGAGAAAGAGCACCAGCAGGCCAGACGCAGCCUGGGACGACUCUUACACACCUUACAGGACUUUUAUAGCCACAGCAACUGGGUGGAAAUGGGACAACGUUCUGAGUACCUUCACCUUCUCCACCCCACAGAACCUGCAGUACCUGUGGCCUCAGAGGACACACCCACCUGUGCUGCGUGCCACCGAUUCAGCUGUUAUAACAAUCUACUUGACAAGCUGGUGAGCGGUUCUCGUGAGCCACUGCUGACCACUGGCUAUGUGAACACAUACCCUGCCAAACCCACAGGGAAGUGCAGCCAUGGUGGUCUUCUGGACGGCAGCCGUCACCAGGGAGCGGAAGGUGGAAUUAACAAGGACAGCACCUCCCCUCUCUUCUCCCCGCAUCACUAUCUCCACAAAGAGGCUUCGGAACUCGCUACCACGGCAACCCUCAGUGUGCUCCGAGACCUCCGUGACGAGGUUGGGCCCAAGAGCUUCCUCAGGCUGUUCAGCGUCCAGGAGCUUCCGCCCUUGGUGAUUGUUAUGGACACUACGGGCAGCAUGUUCGAGGAGAUCACAGCUGCCCGCCUACGUGCCAUGUCCAUCAUUCAGGCCAGAGCUAGGAGCCAUGCACCCAGCCUGUCUGGCUCCUUCCUGCUGGUACCUUUCCAUGAUCCAGGUGUAGGUCCAGUGCAGAGGACUGAUGACCCUGAAGAAUUCCAGCAGUUCUUGGAAGAAUUAAUGGCUCUGGGUGGAGGGGAUGAACCAGAGAUGUGCCUCUCUGCCAUUCAGCUGGCUCUCAUCCAUAGCCCACCGCAGUCUGAGAUUUUUGUGUUCACUGAUGCUUCCCCCAAAGACAGACAUCUGUACAACACAGUAAAAGCGCUCAUCUUAGAAAAACAGAGCAAGGUGACCUUCCUGUUGACUGAAGACCUCAGUAAUAAAGCAAGUGGGAGGGGUAUCCUAAAGAGGAAGAGGAGAGAGAUCCUGUCUCCUGAUAGGUUCUCUCUCUACUCCUCCCUGGCCUCAGUGUCUGGCGGUAUGACCAUUUUCACCACAAACAAAGACAUCCACAAAGCCUCAGCCAUUGUGGAAGACAGCACUACUUCUCACAAGGUGACUCUGUUUCAUGCAGAAAGUGAGACAGAUUCUGCCUACACAUUCACUGUUGACCAAGCGGUGAAAACUGUCACACUCCAUGUUGCUGGAAGCAUCAUGCAGUGUGGCCUCAUCAGCCCUACAGGUGUUCAUCAGGCUCUUCUCAGUACAGCUGGGCCUCUGGCCGAGCUGGAGCAGUCAGGGGGUCUGUACAGAAUCUGUCUGCUCCCGCCUAUAGAGCCUGGCCAAUGGCAGCUCACUGUUACGGCUCAUGGAUCAGUCACAUUCAGUGUCUUAGGUGAAAGUACGUUGGAAUUCCUUUAUUACUUUGCACUCGAAGUGAGUGACACUCACCCAGGACUGAGGAGAGUGGAAGGCAGCCCUAUUGCAGGUGUACCAACAUUUUUAGUAGUGGCUGUAAUUGGCCUGUCCAGCACUGAUGAUGCCACAUUUAGUCAUGUGACCUUGCUGGGGACCAGUGGUCAGAGCUUGCAGAAGGUUUUGCUGAAUUCAUCGAGUUCCACUUGGUCCGGAGAAGAACUGGUGGGCAGAAUAGACUCAGUUCCCAGAUUGCCCUUCAGUGUCUGUCUGUCUGGCAAGGAUGGGAAGGGAAAUAAACUUGAGAGGGUUUCCGCGGAGACAGUCCAGCCCACGCAUGUACAGAUACUGAUACAUUCAGCUCCUCCUCUUCGGGCAGGUCGCCGCACCACCGUCGUCUUUGAGGUGUUUAACCAUGGUCCUGCCCGCCACUUCACACUGACUGCAGAAGAUGACCGCCGUUACCUCUCCCAUAGCAAACGGCACAGGUUAUCUGUAGGUGAGAGAGGCUCUGUGACAGGGGAGGUGGAGGUUAACCCUCCCCGCUCCGCCACGGCAGGCCAGACAGUCACACUGACCUUCACGGUCCAGGCACAGGACUCAUCUGACUCAAACUACGCUGUGGUCCCUCUGACUGUUCUGCCAGAGGAGCAGGAUAUGUUUCCUCCGGUGUGUACUGUAAUGCAUGUGGAGCUGGCCUGCUCUUCUCACUGCUCUCUGGGCAGCUGGAGUGUCUCCCUGGCAGUGAGGGACAGGGGUCACUCUGGCCUGGGCUCCAUACAGCUGGCUGUAGGACAGGGCACCCUCACGCUGCUUCACGAGGAGACCACAGGGAGAAUCAAGAGCCCUCUUGUGCAGCUCCAUGAGGAGACCACUCAAGGGCAUGAAGAGGUCACAAACCACCAACACAACAAAUCACGAACAAGACUUGAGCAUGGAGCUCACAGGCUGGAAAUGGCCAGAUUAUUGCAAGGUGACCCUCCACUGAACAUCACUGAUUGGUCUGGGGGGAAACCCGUGAUGCUGCACUAUACUGCAGGCUGCUGUGUGCCUCGUGCAGAAGUGGUAGUGGGGGACCUAACAGGCAAUAUGAGGACCUGCCAUCUUACAGCCAGACACCAGAGGGCGCUAAGAGAGAAAAGUAAUGCACCAAAUGGGACUACGCACACAUUUCUAACUCUUGUAUUGUGGAUUCUGGCGGAAUUAGAAACAAUGUAUUAUGUUACCUAAUGCCAAAAUGCUUUAGAGAAGGGCUCUAAAGUCAGUAAUAAGGAAAUAAAUAAAAUGAUUAAAAAAUGUACUUAAAUGGUGUUUAAAUAUUCACUGGCAAAUAUGAUCACAGUGUUGUCUAUAAUACAGUACUUAAUCCCAUCAAGGGCAUGGCAUAAUGAAAAUAUAAUGUUCAUGGCAAUCGAGGAUGUACCAAAUGAUCAAGGUCAUUGUAGGUGUGAACUUUGUGGUGAAACUGCAAUACAUAUGCUUCAACAUGAUUUCCUUCAAGUGUGGUCUUCAAAUAGCUUAAAUCAUUGGUUCAUUGGAGAGCUUCAGCAAGAACCAAAAUGCAGGUCUUUAGCAAUUUUGGAGUAUAAAUGUAAAUUCCUUUAAUUGUUCUACUCACUUAUUAUACUAUUAUGCAUGAUGUAGUCACCACAAACAGUAAAUUAUGUUACUAUAUUCUAGCAUUGUAGGACUUUAAUA